GGGGACGGAUCGCUCACAGAUUGCCAGUUGAUGGUAACCGUGUCUGAUUAGAUCCCGCACGUCGCAGCGCCGAUAAGUAUUGGUGCCUCUAGCGGCUGUCUCGUGUUUCCGUGCGGAGCUGUUAUCGUGGUGCGCUACUGUCAUGGCCGCGGAAGCCGGCGGAGGGGAGCCGCUGGUGAGGUUCGUGAAACUGAGCGGGAGAGCCUCAGGAUCUAAGAAGAAGGUACGGUGGUUUCCUGUUAGGCGACUCUUCACUCACUCCUGUCCCAGCCUCAGGAUUCCUAGCAGGUUUUUGAGAGAAGGUCGUCGAUCUCCUCCUGCUCGGAGUGGACACCGCUGUGUGGCUGAUAACACUAAUUUGUACGUAUUUGGAGGGUACAAUCCAGACUACGAUGAGUCAGGAGGACCAGAAAAUGAAGACUACCCCCUCUUUCGAGAACUUUGGCGUUAUCACUUUGCUACUGGGAUGUGGCAUCAAAUGGGUACAGAUGGUUACAUGCCAAGAGAGCUGGCAUCCAUGUCUUUGGUUCUACAUGGCUACAACCUCCUUGUAUUUGGCGGCACAGGAAUCCCAUUUGGGGAGAGCAAUGGUAAUGAUGUCCACGUCUGCAAUGUGAAAUACAAGAGAUGGGCACUACUUAGCUGUCGUGGGAAGAAGCCAAACCGAAUAUAUGGACAGGCUAUGGCAAUUAUAAAUGGUUUCCUGUAUGUGUUUGGCGGAACCACAGGUUACAUAUACAGCACAGAUCUUCACCGGUUGGAUCUCUCUACUAGAGAAUGGAUUCAGCUUAAACCAAAUAACCCACCUUGUGACCUGCCGGAGGAGAGGUACCGACAUGAGAUUGCUCAUGAUGGGCAGCGGAUCUAUGUACUCGGUGGAGGAACCUCUUGGACUGCAUACUCUCUUGAUAAGAUCCAUGCCUACAACUUUGAAACAAACACCUGGGAGGAUAUCCCGACAAAGCCUCAUGAAAAUAUUGGGUUCCCUGCUGCCCGGAGGUGUCACAGCUGUGUCCAGAUUAAACAUGAGGUGUUCAUCUGUGGUGGAUAUAACGGAGAGAUUAUCUUGGGGGAUCUCUGGAAGCUGGACUUGCAAACUUUCCAGUGGACAAAGCUUCCUGCGCUGAUGCCUGAGCCUGCGUAUUUCCACUGUGCCGCUGUGACACCGGCUGGCUGCAUGUAUAUCCAUGGUGGAGUUGUCAACAUCCAGGAGAACAAGCGGACUGGAUCAUUGUUUAAAAUCUGGCUUGUGGUGCCCAGCCUACUGGAACUCUGUUGGGAGAACUUAUUAAAGCAUUUUCCGCACCUUGCUCUUCUCCCCACAAAUCAACUGCUUCAGCUUGGACUAUCUCAAGGGCUGAUUGAGAGGUUAAAAUAAUGCCAACUCUGCCCACUUCCAUCCUGCCCUUAUAUCAAGUUAUGUGAUGCUGUUAUAGGAGCCCUCCCCAGGAGAACGCUGCUAACAAGAUCAGAAUACCUAGACUUUAUUCAGACAAUCUCCGUGGCCUUUAAUUCAUUUUAACAAUACCAGCUCUAAUGUCUGUGGUUUUAAACCAGUCUCGCCUCUACUGGACACGUCAUGGAAAGUUUUAACUCAAAAUGAAGUUUCACUAUCGUUGCUUCAAUACGUGCUUUUAAUAACUAUUUAAAUUAUUUUUUUUCCUUUUUGCUGAAGAAAACCUGUCCUUUUUACUGCUUAAUUAUUGCCCUUGAGGGGAUUUCUUUUUUCUUACGUCGGACAUCGGUAUAAGUGCUCUUGUCUCGUCCAUCGUUCAAGGUCUACGCCCAUCCAAAGUUUGUCAUGUGAACUACAUGUGUGUUUAACAAAUAAUCCCAUACUGCUCUUGUCGUCUUUGAACGCUUUUAAAAGCUCAAUCUUAUUGGCAGUGUGAACCUUGUCUGAGCCAUCAUGUUAAUCCAGCGAUAUUUUUAUAUAUAUAAUUUAUAGUCAAGUGGAUUUCCUAUAAUCCGUGCAUUAGUGACCAUACUUUGAGACUAAAGUAUCCAACAAGCCUUUUGUAUUUUUUGGUUAGUUGCAGUCAGAACCCUGUAAUAGAGCCAUGGAGCAUACAUGUAACAUGGCCGUAUCUUAAGGAAAGCUUUUUGUGAUUGUUUUCUGCUCAUGGUAUGCUCUUUUUUCUUAUUUUUGUAUAUAUUAAGAUCCACCACUAGUAGUACCUUCAUCUCACAUGUUAUCCUAACGCUGUAUUAGGAAAAUAACUAUCCAUCCCACGGAUUGCCUUAAGGUGGAAAACCUGAAUGAUUUCCGUCCUGUAGGUCAUCAGAUGCACAGGUGGUUUCCUCCAUUAGCACACAAAUCAAACUUAAAUAUUUAUGAACUAAAGCUAUACAGAAUCUGCAGUGGCAGAAUUGACAAGGUAAAACUAAUUUUACGGAAAAUUACUACAGGAUAUCACCUGGGUUCAGAUUACUUUUGGCCGUUCAUGCCAAAACCAUGCUACACAUGCUCUACGACUUGGAAAUACUACUUUAAUCAACUACAUUUAGCUGUGUA